AUGGCCUCGCUUAACCCGCCUCGGCUCGGGGAGCCUCAGUCGUCGGCUUCGAUCUUGCUGAGGCAGCUCUAUCACUAUCGCCCGCGGACGCAAAGAGUCAAAACCAUCGCCCUCUCCGCCCUCGCGUUUCUCGUCUGCCUAUGGCUCCUUUCAUCGUCGUCAAGGCAAUCCGAUCCCAAUUUCUGGACCAAAUUUCCAUCCCGUCACCCAUUCCCGGACUCCCGGAAGAUGCGCAGAUCAGGCAUCACAAUCAACAGCACCCUCCCCCAUGACCUCGAAAAGACCAACCCGUCCCUGCACCUGCUGGUGCCCGCCACCAAAGGCUCCCGUGGCACAUGUCGAACAAUCACCUCGUCAAUGAUUCUGGGAUACCCGGCCCCAGUAAUAAUCGGAUACGGCCACGAAAAGCACGGUGCGACCGAGUUCGAGCGCAUGGUGGAUCGCAUUACGCGCGUGCGCAACUACCUCCGCGAUAGCAAGUCGGUUCAUGAUCGAGACUUUGUGCUCGUUGUGGAUGCUCUGGAUACCUUCUUCCAGUUACCCCCGCAGGUUCUCGUGAAGCGUUUCCAAGAGAUCAUCCGCUCGAACAAUCAAAAGUUGCGGAAGAAAUAUGGGUUUGCUGUGGUUCCAGUGUCGAAAACAGGUGCCUCCUCGGAUCUGGUACAGAAGUAUUCCCAGCGGGUCUUAUUUGGUGCCAGUAAGAUCUGCUAUGCUGAUUUGGAGGAGGACCCCGGCUGCAUAUCUGUGCCGGAAUCCUCAUUACCUCCGGAUGUUUAUGGUUGGAAGACGGACAUCUACCCCGAUGGGCACAAAAACCGACCGCGCUAUUUAAACCCCGGCGCAGUCAUCGGCCAAGCCGCCGAUUUGAAACUGAUCUACGACGAGCUCCUGCGCGUGGUCGAGCAGCGCCACAAGAAAAAUGGCGACUACCAGGCCCUGACUCAGAUGUAUGGCCGGCAAGAAGUGGUGCGGGAACUAGAGCGUCGCCGCACGACCAAUGGCGCCAAGGAGUGGCUCUACAAUCUGAUUGGCAUCUCCGAUGCAUCUAAUCUUACAGGCAUAACUGUCCGACUGGAAACGGGCCAUCGCUACGAGUAUGGGAUCGGAGUCGAUUACAAGUCUGACUUAUUCUUCAACCAACACAUGUCCCGAGGCGACAUCGAAUGGCACAAAUUCGGCAACAUCACCAAGUCAUCCAUGCUCCAGGCCCAAUUCGGCGUCCCCCGAGAGACGCGCAUGCUCCUCCCACCGGACGUUGCAGCUCUCCCGAACCCAUUCAAUCAAAGCCGCCUCGCAAAGCAACAAACUACCAUCCCGGAGUGGAACUCUACUCUCGACAAAUUGCCCACCAUGCAUGAUCAUACGUGGCAUACACUCCCACUCAUGACAAACCCGCACUCCGCCACCGUCCCGGUCCUGGCACAUGUGAACGGUGACUCGAAACUGCGCAACGCAUGGUGGGAGAAAAUGUGGUUCUUCCCCUGGGGCCGGGCCCUACUCCGAAAACACGUACGUGCUUCGCAAGGGUUUGAAGCCGCACAGUCCGCGCUUCUGGGCGGACAGGACUUGUGGGAUGUACGCGGUGGACGAGGCGGGCUCUGGACCGACGAUGCGAAUUGGGUUCGACUUGCCGAAGUCUGCGAGGGACAGGAACGGGAUCUUUUCGACGACGAUCUUGGGCCUUGGUCGAAGGAGAAUGGGGAUCCGGAUGCGCCUGUGUAUAAUCAGUUUGGAAAAUUGGUCCGUGGUAAAGGGCAUGUGAAUGAGGAGGAUCAGUUUGAUUUUGACUUUUGGGGGAGUUAG